AUAAUUAUGCUCACGUAACUCUUACGCAAAACCGCGCCUUUUUUGUCCCUCGUCACUUGCCGUAGUUGUUUUGCGAUCAGGCAUAGCAGAGGACGUGCAAUUUCGCAGGUAAAAGUUUAAAGCAGACGGAGACGAACCACAAUGUCCAGCAGUGUGCUGUGUGGUCGAGGCAGGCUGGUCCUCUCUCAUGCCGCCGGCUAUCAAGCCCUGGCUGCUCUCCGUGUGGGCAGAACCAGAACUUUCUCUGCCGCGAGCUCGGAUGAGCCUUACAUAGCUGCAUCACCCACAGACUCAGGCCCCAGGACUGUGUGGCCCGAUGAGAACAUGGGACCAUUCGGACCUCAGGACCGGCGCUUUCAGUUACCAGGUAAUGUUGGCUUUGACUGCCACCUGGAAGGUGUGGAGGACCAAAAGAAGACCCCAGUCCACAGGACGGUGCCUGAUGUACUGACGGCCCCGAGCAGCUCAGAGAGACAGCAGUUCAUCCUAGCGCAGUUCGUCAAUGAGUUCCACAGUAAACUGGGUCCUAUAUCCACGAGAGUCAACAAAGCCGAGCAGUACUUUAAUCAGACAGGAACAGACUGCUCAGUAAGUUCCUGCCCUGAGCUGCUAAAGAAAGAUCUGGAGCUGUUGUUCCCUGCAGCGCCCGCAGCUCCCAUCACAGUUGUGACGGUCACACAGAGAGGCGGUCGGUGUGAGGAGGAGCCAGCAGAGCAGGACAGAGAGCAGCUGCUGCACAGAUUUGUGAACGGGGCAAAGGAAAUGUGCUUCUCGCUGUGGACUGCAGGCUACUGGGCAGACUUCAUAGACCCAUCGACAGGAGCAGCUUUCUUUGCAUCCACUUCAAGUCAAACCUCACUGCAAACAGAGGAGGAGCUGAGGAAUCUGGGCUUCCACAUCGAGGCGUCCGGCUCGUGCACGGUCAUUCGCCACAUCCUGGGAGGGACGCCUCUGUUUGUGGGGGCGGUUUUCACCAACGCACCUACUCACAGCGCCGCUGUGGCGAGGCUACAAGGACUUUCAAACGAACUCGAUGAUGAGGAAUAGGUUUUUUUUUUUUUUUUGCUUUAUUUAAUAAAUCGCAGCACUAAAUCCAAACACAAGGCCUCUGUUUAUGGCUUGAAGAGCUUGGUGUAUGGUGCUCUCAUUGAAAGGCUGUGCAGAGUUUGUCUUACUGUAACCAGGACCUGAGUGAGACUUUAAUGUAAAUCUCAAUGCUGUGCCCGACUGAUGGGAGGUGACAUGUCAGCCCAGUUCAUCCUGCACCACAUCCAGGGAGGAAACACACUCGGUGCAUUGGGAACGAUUCUGACUACAAAUGAAAGGCUUUUCAAGAUGUUCGGAAAGUUUCUAUGUUAACACUUUUUCUGUGUUUUAAUAUAAAAGUAUCGUGCGUUUGAAAUGGUCUGAAAGCAGCCGUUGGACGCAAAUGUGAAAAGAUUCAGAUUCUUGAUCUUCAGAUAGGAUUCUUACCAAAUGAUAUCAGGUCGAUAAACUUUUCAUACAAACAUGUACAGGAUGUGUUUUUUCGUUGCACAGGAUAUAAAGAAAUGUGGAUGCUCUCCCGGUUUGAAGCAACAAGCUGUGACAGAACUCACCCGGAACUGCUGAACAAAUAAAAAGUGACAUCUCA